UUUUAUUAUAGUCGGACUUUCAUGGACUUCUAUUGGAACAUUUACAUUAAAUAUUUUUUAUUUUCCAAUAAUUUUUAUAGCAAAGUGCGUACAAGUAGCAAUAGAAUUUCUCAUCCCAAACGAAAGAAGCGACCGCCACCAAAAUCUAAAAAUCCAACUAACGAUGGUGGUGGUCCAAAAGAAAGAGAUUUAAGCGUUCUUUAUGGUUCAAAUCCUUUUCCUGGCCAUGAAUUAGCUUCUACAACACCUACCCCACAGCCAAGUUUAGAUCCAUGGACAACUGUUCAACCUCAUUUUGGACCUUUAUUUGUUGGUGUCUCCAACCCUAAAGCGCUUGUUCUGCCUGGUGGCCGAGUUCAACAACAAACAGCAGAAUUGGGAACUUUUUGGGAAAGUAGAAAAAUUGGUCCAGGCGAGGGGAAUUGGCCAACCCCUUCUCCACACCCCCUCAACUACACAAGUUCUCCAAAAAUUCAAACACCAAUAACCGCUCCUUACCGUGCUAAGAAAUAUGAUGAUUUGUGUUGGGAAACAUUAUUGGGACAAGAAGUGGCAAAAAUUGUUACAACGGAUUUGGUAAUGACUGUAGCAGCAAUUUUGGUAAUCGACUUUUUACGAGGUCUUUGGAUUCGUUAUUGUUCUGAUUGGUGGUGUUGGGAUAUCGAGGCAACUUUUCCGGAAUAUGGGGAAUUUAAAGUGGCUGAAAAUGUGCUCCACUUGGUCAAUUCUCAAGCAAUGGUUUGUCUAGGCACUAUACUCGUUCCUAUGCUUCCAUUAAUUAAUUGUGUAAAACUUGUGGCUGUAAUGUACAUUCGUGCUUGGGCCUGUAUGGUUUGUAAUGUUCCUGCCAAACAAAUAUUUCGAGCAUCUAGGUGCUUUUUACGUAAAUUUAAAGUCCCUUCUCCCUAA